AUGAGCGCAGAGUUCGUCUCGUUUCCGGGAUUGUUUGGUGAUGUGGCUCUCUGGGACAGUGCCAGCUCCAUGUUCAGUCGUUUGGCGACAGUCCUCCAGGAGCUCUCUGGAGAGGAGGGCGCUGAUGGAGAGGGAGAACUUGUGCCUAGACUUCCUGAUGGUGAUGACACUUCUGAGUCGGAGGUACCUGAGGAGGCCAUGGAGAGGCUGGCCCACUUGGAGCAGCUUGUUGUCCAGUUGAAGGAGCUAAUCCGAGAUAAGGACUCUCAACUUCUGCAAAAGAAUACAGAGCUGAUCAACAAAGAUGCACAGAUUAAGAGUGAAGGUGAAGCAGCUGAGGCCCGCUUCACUAAACUUAAGUUACAGGCAAAGGCAAAGAUGGCAUCUCUCACUAAACAAAUAAAUGAUCUAAAGGGACAAGAAGGCAUUGCAUCUCCAGACACCUCAUUUACAGGAGCAGGUGGGCCUUCAGAGGAGGAAAUACAGGAGCUCAGGACAAAACUGAGUAAAGAAAAGGAUGAAAACAAGAGUCUGAGAGACAAACUGCAGGCCACGGAGCAACUACUUCAAGACCAAGCGUCCGCUAAUGCUGAUCAGGUUCGAAUACUGCAGGCUGUAAUUUGUGAAAAAGAUGUUCGUUUUCAUGAACGGAUCCAAGAACAUGAAGAGGAGAUGCUCAGGGUCACAUCAGAGUCUCAUAACGAAGAGCUUCAACAGGCCUUUCACGCCGCCCAGCGGAGAUGUGAGGAGUUGGAGGAGACUGUGGCUUCUCGGUCUCAGGUGCUGGAAAUGCUGCAACAGGAACUCAACAGCGCUGAUCAGCAAAAACAGAUCUUGAGCACUCAAUUCCGUCAGAUGGAGCAGGAGCUUGCAGACUCGAUCAGACUGAGAGAAGAGGAGAAGCAACAUUUGACAAAGGCACAAGCUGAAAUUUCAUCUCUGAGAAAUGGCCUGGAGGCCUGGGAGGCAGAGAAAGCUGAGGUGGCCAGGCUCCAGAUUGAACUGGGAGCAAUGAAAGAAGCAGAGAUUCUAGGUCAAGAAGCUCUGCAGAGGGAGAAGACUGAGGUUACAAGACUGGAGCAGGAACUGGCUAAACUGAGGGAGUCUGAGGCAAUGCUGGAAACUCACCGGGCAGAAAUGGAGCUUGUUGAAAAAGAGCUGCAGUCUUUGAGGGAAGCAGAAACAGAAAGACUGGCUGCUGUGGAGAGUGAGAAAUCAGAGGUGGACAAGCUCAAUAAUGAACUGAUGGCAUUCAGAGAAGAGCGCGAGCAGCUACAGGAGCAGAGGAGUGCUCUGAAUGAAGCUUGGACACAUUUACGAUCUCUGGAUUUGGGAGAUUCUACAAUUUCUGAUGAAGGCCCUGUUGACCCCACUCAGUUCAUGCAGAUAGUUGGAUCCAUCGAAGCUCAACUUUUGAAAUUAAGAGAGGAACAAAGCAAUAGUGAGAAACGCUGCCAGGAGCUUUACCGUAACAUUGAUACCCUUCAAGAACAAUUGGACAUGCAGAUUAAAAGCAAUGAAGAAGUACCAAAAAUACAGGAUCAGCAAAGUAAAGAGAUGCCUGUAUUUGGUCAUGACUCAACAUCCACACACGAUGAUACAGAACGCAUCUCUUUCCUGGAGCAGCAGUUACAGGAAAAUGGUGAUGUGCUGUCUGCUUUACAAGGAUAUAUUUCCCUGAACUAUGAAUCCGUUGAAGCAACCGAAGCUCAAAAUAUUUCUUUACAAUCUGAUGAAGACAAUAGAUCUGUUCUUCAGGACCUCUUUGAGGAACCCCAGGAGGAGGAGACCACAUUAGUUGCUGAAAACACAUCAGUUUUGUCUAUGUCUGCAGACAAUGAGAGCAGUCCAGAGCCGAUUGAAACCCAUUCAGAGUCCCCAGAAGAGUCCAAAGCCUCUUCAGAUGAGAUGGUGGCGAGCAGUGACUCUGAGGUGGCCCACAGCAGCUGGACACUUUUGGAGGCUGUGAACCAGGAGGGGGGGCAAGAGUGGCCAUCUAUGUUACACGACUAUAGUCAGCUGCAGUCAUCAUGGGAAGCCACAAGCAUGGAGCCGGAGAUGUCCACAGUUGAGACAUCACAAGUGAUUAUUCAAGAGGACGUGGAGGUUCGCCUGACCCAGCAGACCUCGUCUGUAGAACAAGAAGAACAGAGCCAGGCGCAGAUGCUCAGUGUCCAACUGGAGGAGAAGGAGCAGUUCUCUUUGGAGCUCAAAGAGAAGCUGCAUGAUUUGUCCUCACAUGUGUCCCACAAAGACGAACUAAUUGCCUCUUUACAGGAAGACCUGAGGAUGGAGAAAGAAAAAACUCAGAGAUUAGAAGUGGAGGUUCCACAAAAACAAGAGGAAGAAAAAGACAGUGAAACAAAGUUACAACAGCAGCAAAGAAAGCUGCAAGCAGCUCUGAUUAGCCGUAAAGAGGCGCUCAAAGAAAACAAGAGUCUGAAGGAGCAGAUAGCCUCCAUUGAGCAGGAACAUACUGAACUGAAGGAGAAAAUGGCCGCAGCGGAACAAGAGCUUGUGAAGUUUCAAACUGAACGUGAGCGGCUGAUCAGUGAGGUGGACCGCUUACUCCUAGACAACCAAAGUUUAGAUUCUUCCUGUGAGAGCCUUAAACUGGUAAUGGAGGGCAUACUAAGUGAAAAAGAAAAUUGUCAAAAAGAGGCAGAGCUUGUCAAAGAAGAGGCUGCCCGUGCCAGGACAGAAUGGGAGGAAAGGGUAAGAGGCAUGAAAGAGGAGUAUGAGACUCUGCUGAAGUCUUAUGAAAAUCAAAGCAAAGAGAGUGAAAAGAAUCUUUUAGAGGAAGGUGACAAUCGAGAAACUCAUUUCAAAGAGGCUCUCAAAAACCUUGAAACUGAGAAGGAUAACUUAGAGGAGCGCCUGAUGAAUCAACUGGCUCAGCUCAAUGGCAGCAUUGCCAGUUACCAACAGGAGGCUGCUGACCAGCGACAGCAGCUGGCCGAGAUGCAAUGUGAAAUGGAAACACUGGAGCGUGCGCGCGCUGAACUGGAGGCAGAGUACCAAAGUGAGCAAGCUCAUACCUUGAGGCUGGAAGAGGACAUCCGACAGGCGCAAAGGCUGCGAGCAGAGGCUGAGGCACAGUGUGGGAAACAAAGAGAGCUGCAGCAACAGUUGCGCUCUGCUGAGCGCGUGAAAGAAGGAAGUCAAAGCCGGUCGAGGCAGCUUGAAGAGCUGCUAAGAGAGAAACAGCUAGAGGUCCGCCAGCUACAGAAGGACACAAUUCAGUACCAGGAGAGGAUCAGUGAACUGGGUCGAGAGGCUAAAGCACAACAGAUCACUCAUGAUGAGCUGCUGAAGAAACAUCAACAGGCUCAACUUGAACUUUCAAAAACUGUUGAGGAUUUCAAAAGGGCUGAAAUAGAGUUGUCUGAUUGUAAAUCUCAGUUAAAUUCUGCUAAUGAACAGCUAAGGGAAGCAUUAGCUGAUAAAGCUGCUGUCGAGAAAAAGGCUCUGCAGAAAGAGGGAUCACUCAAAGCUGAAGCUGAAGAGACUUUGGACUCUGUGAGGUUCAGGCUGGGAGCUGAGCUGAAGGAGAUGGAGCUCAGACUAGAGGAGUCUUUCAGAGAGCGGGAGAAGGAGGAAGAAGCAACAGCAGAGGCCAGAGAGCAGGCCGAGGCAGUGGAAAAGCGGGCACAAGGAAUACAAACUCAACUGGACGAAUCACUGGCCAGGUUGGCUGCUUUCUCACGUUGCAUGUCCUCACUCCAGAACGAUCGAGACCGUAUUUUAGAUGAGGCUCGUCAGUGGGAGAAUCGCUUUAACAGUGCUCUGCAAGGUAAAGAGGCUGAAGUUCGGGAGGCUGAAACACGUGUCAAAGUAUUGACUGAACAGCUCCAGAAGGAAAUAGCUCUAAAAGAAGACCUUCAAAUCUCUAUUGAAAGUUUACAGAAAGCUGACAAAGAAUGGAAACAGAAAAUUGAAGAUGCUGACUAUAAAUUCAAAGCCAGUGAAGAGUCUCUUGAAAAGGAGAAGAGCCUCCUGGUGCAGACGACUGCUGCCUUACAGGCUGUACAGAGCGAAGCCCUCAGCCUCCAAAAGGAAGUGGAGAGUUCACAUCACAGACUGAGAGCUCUGGAAGAGGCAGUGGGCCGCGUACAGGCUGAAGCAGAUCAGGCCAGAGCAGAAGUGACACAACUGGAAUCUGAGGGGAGACGUUUGUGUCUGAGUGUGGAGCAGCUAGAGGCAGACCUACGCUCCUCAAAGACCCUGACAGAAGAUCUGCAAAUGGAGUUGAAUGAGAAGGAAAGAAAAGAGGUUGAAAUGUUAGGGGAGAAAGAGCAAGCUGUAGCUCAGGCGGCAGAAGAGGCUAGAAAGGAGGCUGAAAGUAGAGCACAGGAGGUCGAGAAUGAGCUGGAGCUUAAAAGACGGGAUAUGCAGCAGCUUGAUGACAAAAUGCGAAAAGUGCAGGCUCAAAGUGACCAAAAUAAAACAAGACUUGAAUCGUUCACAAAGGCUAUGGGCUCUCUGCAGGAUGACAGAGACAGAGUGCUUAGUAUGUACAAACAACUGGAGGAAAAACAUCUUAAGGUGAUGAUGGAAAAGGAUGGUUUGAUCCAAGAAGCAGCUGGUGAAAACAACAGCCUAAAAGAUGAGCUGCGCUCUCUGCUCGUGCAGAGAGACGACCUCUAUGCGGAAAAGGCCAAACUGGAAGCUCAGCUUCACGGAUACCGCGAAGAGCUCAAUCAAGUCCUAAGCAUGAAAGAAUCUCAACACCAGCAGCUUUUAUCAGCUCAGCGGCUGCGUAUAGCCACUCUUGAAAAGGAGCAUAAAGAAAUGGAGAAUCAGCUGAGGAGCUUGAAUGUGGCUAAGGACUCAGAGGGUUACAUGAGACUGGAGGCGGAGACUCUAAGUCUGGCAGCUGAAAACAAAUCAUCUUCACAAGUGGUUGAUGCCCCUGGAGCAGAGGUGGAGAAGCUCAGGGAGCAGCUGGAAGCAGCAAAAAAACAAGUGACUGAUCUGGAGGACACACUCUCCAUGGAGAGGGAAGCACAUGAGAGCAAGAGCAAAGAGCUGGCAGAAUUAAAAUGGGAGGGAGGAGUGAUGCGCACAGAGUCUGAGAGUGCUCAGGAAAGGGUUGCAGAGCUGGCAAGGGACCUGCUGAUUGUGGAACAGAAAUUACUGAAAGAACUUGAAGUCACACAACAGCUCAGAGCAGAGAACCAGGCUUUUUCCAAAGCUAUGGCUUCGCUUCAAAACAGCAGAGACCAGGCUGUACAAAGGGCACAGGAACUCGCUCUGAAAGUGGAAGAACCUGGCAGAGCAGACGGCAACACGGGGCAAAGUGGAUCAGCCAGAUCCACAGGGGAAGUCUGGGGUCUAAAGAAUGCUCUGCAGGCCCUGCAGAAUGACAGAGAAAGAUUACUGGAGCAGCUUGAAUCACAGUCUACUGAGCUAAAAAGGCAAAAGUCCGAUCUGUCCCGACUUGGUGCAGGAGAGCUGAUCAAAGUCAGUCAGGAGCUUUUUGAGGAGAAGGAGGUGAACAAAGAUCUGCUGGGAGUGAUUUCAGAGCUGGAAAACACUGUCAAAGUGGGAAAGCAGGAAAUCGAUGCACUGCAUGUGGAGCGGGUGGAUAUUCUGACUCAAGCUGAGCAGCUAAAGCAACAGACUCUUGCCACACUAUCUGAAAGGGACCAACAACUGCGGCAUCUCGCUGCUAUGCUGGAUGAGGUUCAAAAUAAGAAAACACAACUUCAAGAACAGUAUCAAAGACAGGGAGCGGAGGAUGGUGCUCCUGGUGCUCCUCAGCAGAAGUCCACUGCUCUGGAGACGCAUGGCUAUGUGGAGGAGAUCAAGGAGCUCCAACGGAGAUUAGAUCAGGAAUCCCAGCAAAGAAUAGCUUCUGAAGACCAGCUGCAGGCUUUACAGGACCGAGCAAGACGUCACAGUCAGGCUCAUUGGAACUUGGCACUGGAGGAAGAUCCCUCAGAAACGGCUGUGUUUAUUGAGCCACCGGAGGGAGUGGUCACUAGAAUGCGGAGAGUCGGCAGUCCAGGACUGCUGCGCAUGUUCAGAGUGGUUUUCUGCUCUCGCCAGCGCACCCCUCUCCUGUUCAGUCUCUACCUGCUCACGGUUCACGUCCUGCUGUUACUGUGUCUCGGAGGAUCUCUACAACCUGAUCACACGCGCAGGACCCCGAAGAUGUGGAAAUCAGUUGUUGGGCACAAUCUGCACGCACAGGACGCGACAGGCGCAGCAGAUGACUGGGAGACAGACCCUGACUUUGAGAAUGACAUCACAGAGCAGGAGCAAAGAUGGGGAGCAAAGACCAUUGAAGGCUCGGGCCGUAAGGAGCAUAUAAGCGUUGCCGAUCUCAGACAGAAAGUGGUGGUGGAGCAUGAGCGCGUGAAGCAAAAAGAAAACACUCCCAAAGCGUCCUACGGUUAUGGAGGCAGGUUUGGGGUGGAAAAGGACCGCAUGGACAGGGCGGCACUGGGGCAUGACUAUGUGGCAAAGGUGGAGCAGCAUUCUUCACAGAAAGAUGCAUCGCAGGGAUUUGGAGGGAAAUUUGGUGUUCAGGCCGACAGAGUAGAUGAGUCAGCUUUGGGUUUCGAAUACAAAGGAGAAGUGCAACAGCAUGCGUCCCAGAAAGAUUAUUCAAAGGGUUUCGGGGGAAAAUACGGAGUAGAGAAAGACAAAGUGGAUAAAGCUGCUCUGGGAUAUGACUACAAAGGAGAGACGGAGAAACAUCAGUCACAGAAAGAUUAUGCUAAAGGCUUUGGAGGAAAGUUUGGUGUAGAAAAAGAUAAAGUGGACAAGGUUGCCCUGGGAUACGACUACAAAGGAGACACAGAGAAGCAUCAGUCGCAAAAGGAUUAUUCAAAGGGUUUCGGAGGCAAAUUUGGAAUUGAGAAGGAAAAGACUGACAAAUCAGCCUUGGGUUUUGAUUACAAGGCUGAAACGGAAAAGCAUCAAUCCCAAAAAGGAAAGGGCCAAACGACUGAGUUUUUAGAGGCCACAGGGACGUAA